AGACUCUCUCCUUGCCUUUGACAGGUUUGACAGGUCUUGUGGCCAUGUGCCAUCUUUUUCAUAGAAUUACUUCCUCCAAAGCCUGGCAAUUUGGAUGUUUGAACUAUUUCUAUAUACCUACUUAUUUCAUCACGUAUUCCCACUCUCGAAACAGCGGAAUUCGUGUAAACUAAGUGCGCUUUGUCGUAAAAAGAACAUAAAACAUUUUAUAGUAGCAAAGGAUUUUGCAAUGGACUCGUCUGUAAAAUCAAGUUUUUAUGUCUUGAAAUCUAAGCAGUUAUAAUCUACAGUUACUGUACAUUAAAAAAAAACUAACAAACAAAAGAUGACAAAAAUGUUAAUUAAUAAAAUUUGUGUUCUUAAAAACUUUAGUAGUUUGGUUCAAUAUAAAAGUUAAGGUUAAAAUAAAUUAUACUAUGAAUUCAUGCAUCGAAAAUGAUAUUUAAACAACAGAUAAAUCACAAAAAUAAAUAGAGAGGCAUCGCCUUUGUUGCAAUUUUAUAACUUGCCAUAAAUAACAAACAUAAAUCUUUAAUACUAUUUUCAGUACGUACUAUGAGCGAAAAUAUAAACAGGAGGUAUACGUGAAAAUACAAGUACAAACAAAAAUGUAUUUUAUGAAAGAAACUAUAUACAGAUUAGUUAUGUUACACAACUUAGUUUUGAAUUUAAAUGCACAAGAAUUUAAAGAUGAAUAUUACAGUAGAAAUUCAUACGCUGAUAUAGUUGAAUCUAUUCCCCAAGGUGUUGUGAAUAGUGGUGAAAGUUAUGUAAGCAAUGAUGAUGAUGAAAAACUUAACGAUGAAGAUAUUGUAUCACUGUUAGAAGAGAGGUACAGAUUCAUGAACGAUAACACAUCGACACGGUAUCAGAUAAGAAAGGAUGAUAAAGUUUACCCAGAAUCGAACACCGAUCGUAAGCUUGCGUGGGCUUUCCGCGCCUACGCGGUGCGUCGGAUCGUGGGCGGGAUGGAAACCAGUAUCUGCAUGUACCCGUACAACGUCGCCAUCUCCAGGAACGGCAAGCACUGGUGCGGUGGUUCCAUCAUUGAUGAGCAGUGGGUGCUAACUGCUGGACAUUGCUUGGAGUCGGCACAUGAUGGUGAUAAGAAGAAACUCCUUCCCUUCAUCAUUCGAGCCGGGAGCUCGUUUCACAAUCGUGGAGGAUAUCAGGCGAGAGUAAACAAGGUCUUUUUUCCCAAGAGCUAUUCUCCAGGCAAUGCAGACUAUGACUUCUCCCUACUACGUCUUGACCGUCCGAUGCCUAUCGGCCGUAACAUAGCAGUUCUGAACCUGCCUGCAAAAGAAUAUCUGAUACAAAACGAUGAUAUCCUCAUCGUCACUGGAUGGGGUAGUACCCAUAAUUCCGGUUACGGUCACAUUCCGGACCGGUUGCGCUUCGUGCCGGUUCCUAUGAUGAAACUGGAAGCUUGUCAGAAGGCUUAUAGAUUCUACAUCACGCCGAGGAUGCUGUGUGCUGGAUACGCUACUGGAGGAAAGGAUGCUUGUAAUCACGAUUCAGGUGGGCCAGCAGUCCGCGAUGGCGUUUUACUUGGAAUAGUCUCAUUUGGCGGUAAAAAGUGUGGCGAUCCCAGGUCCCCUGGGGUCUACAGCAGGGUGACUGAAAUAACCGAUUGGGUGGAGACCACGAUCAACGAUAACGAGGCCUGGAAAGUUCCUGAGCUGAAAGCGAAAAUAGAGAAAGCCAGGCAAAGAGAGCGCGAGUUGCAGAAGUUUAAGGCAAUAGUAGAAGAAAAAAAGAAUAAAAUAAAGAAUUGGCUCAGAGAGACGCUUAAAUCGCCAACUUUUCUAGAAGUGGCCAAGAAAAAACUUGAAGAGGCCGGAUUUCAUUUCAGAAGGAAUUACAAAAAAAUUGACGUUUCAAAGAGUAUUAUUGAUGAUACAACUAUGGAUGAGAUAAAUCUGUCUAAUCUUAUAAAUGAGAGGAUUUUAGAAGAGGGCGCAGAAAAGAAUGAAGCAGAACUUCUUCUAAGAACCUUAGCAAUGCAAGAGGUGAUAUUUAAUGGGGACAGCAAAGAAGGAUUUGCUUCUACGGAUUUCGAAGGCAGUGAGGAAAAUACUAAAGCUAUUUUAGCGUAUUUAAUAAAUAAAUAAAUAUUUUAGCAUCUACGAACUAAAAUUUAGCUUAUUUUUGUCUCAGGAUCGUCAUCAUGAUCAACCCACCGCCGGCUCAC